GAAGUGACUCGCCCGGGGGCAGAGCCGGGAUCGGAACCCGUGACCUGGUGACUCCCAGGCCCGGGCCGUAUACGCCGCUUCGGCGAAUAGCGCCGACGGACCGAGCGGGCUCUCUCCGACCGUCGUCCCCCGCGCCUUUCCAGACGGACGGACCGGGAGGCGGAGCGGAAGCCCGGCCCGGUGGCCUUCACGAUGAGGUGUGGUGUCCGGGGGUGGCUCCGAGCCGCCUCCCUCCUCCUCCUGGCCGCGGCCGCCCCGGCCCUGCCCCUCCCCAACGCCACGUUCCUGGACCGGCUCUUGGAGAAGUACGCGGACGAGGCCGGCGCGUGGUGGACGGCCAAGCAGCGGGGGAAGAGGGCCAUCACGGACAGUGACCUGCAGAGUAUCCUGGACCUCCACAACACCCUGCGGGGGCAGGUGUACCCGCCGGCGGCCAAUAUGGAGUACAUGACGUGGGACCCGGAGCUGGAGCGUUCGGCGGAAUCGUGGGCGGAGGCCUGUCGCUGGGAGCACGGACCCGCCAACCUGCUGCCGUCCAUCGGACAGAACCUGGGCGCCCACUGGGGGAGGUACCGGCCGCUGACCUUCCACGUGCAGUCCUGGUACGACGAGGUGCGGCACUUCACCUACCCCGACCCGUCCGAAUGCGACCCCGACUGCCCGUUCCGCUGCUCGGGGCCCGUCUGCACGCACUACACCCAGUUGGUCUGGGCCACCAGCAGCCGCAUCGGCUGUGCCGUGAACCUGUGCCACGACAUGAACGUCUGGGGACAGAUCUGGCCCAAAGCCGUCUAUCUGGUGUGCAAUUACUCCCCCAAGGGGAACUGGUGGGGUCACGCUCCCUACAAGCCCGGUCGGCCCUGCUCCGCUUGCCCGCCCAGCUUCGGAGGGGGCUGCAGAGACAACCUGUGCUACAGAGGGCCGGAGCCGGGGCCUGUUCUCCGGGAGCCCGAAGAGGAAACCAACGAGAUCGAGCGGCCCCAACGCCCGGGGACCACCUGGCGGGCCCGGCCCGGCCCGCGAUGGGACACCCCCGCCGGAAACGACGUCGUCAGCACCCAGCAGAUGUCCCAGAUCGUGACGUGCGAAGUCAGGCUGCGGGACCGGUGCAAGGGGACAACCUGUAACAGGUACGAGUGUCCGGCCGGUUGUUUGGACAGCAAGGCCCGGGUCGUCGGCAGCGUGCACUACGACAUGCAAUCCAGCAUCUGCCGGGCGGCGCUCCACGGCGGCGUGUUGGACGACGACGGGGGCUGGGUGGACGUCACCAGGAGAGGCCGGAAACCCUACUUCGUCAAAUCCUUCCGCAACGGGAUCCAGUCCAGCGGAAAAUACCAGUCCGCCAACUCCUUCACGCUGGCCAAGGUGAGAGUGCAGGCCGUCACCUGCGAGACCACGGUGGAACAGCUCUGUCCCUUCCGCAGACCGGCCUCCCACUGCCCCAGGGUAUACUGCCCACCCAACUGUACGCAGGCAAACCCACACUACGCCAGAGUUAUUGGGAGCCGGAUUUAUUCGGACCUGUCCAGUAUCUGCCGGACGGCCGUCCACGCGGGCGUGGUGAAGAACCGGGGGGGCUACGUGGACGUCAUGCCGACGGACAAGAGGAAGGUCUACAUCGCCUCCUUCCAGAAUGGGAUCUUCUCGGAAAGCUUGCAGAAUCCUCCGGGCGGAAAGGCUUUUAGAGUGUUUGCCGUUAUUUGAAGGCGACCCCCUCCUCCCUCCCCAGACCCUCCUCCGGCCCCCCCGACACAAACACGCAGACACACCCACACAGAGAAAAAGUAGACCCGAGCAUAUGGAAGGGGUGAUCGGUGCCCAUUUAGAAGACUCCACUCCCUCAAGAUCCCGACAGGCUCGAAAACGACGGCGCGCCAACGAUCGAGUAUUUCGGGCCUCCCGGAUUUUUCCGUCCCACGGAGAUCUGAGUGGAUCCAUUGUGCGAAACUCAAACGCGGGACGGAGUCGGUGGAAAGAACGAUCCCGAGCCCAGGGCCGUUGAGGAAAAAGAGCCCGUGUUGAACAUUGCUAUAUUUUCUUAGCGGUGAUUUCUGUGCUUUCCCUCCGGGGUCGUAAAAGUCCUCCGACUCCGCGGUUGAA